AAUGUUAACUAAAAUAUUCCGGAAUACUCUAUGCCUAACCAUGGCUUUCUCAUCACCUACAGAAACUGUGACGAUUCAGGAGGGAAACUCAGCCAUCGAUUGUAACGAUUCAAUUCCUUCAGAUGUUUUAGUACAAAAACAGCUUCAAGAUAUUAUUCUUACCCAGAAGUCUGUCAUUGAAAAGCUGAGCGACGAUAUAUCGCUUCAGGAGACAUCACUGAGGGAUAGCUUUCUGUCCAGAGAUACGUAUGAAGAGGACUUACGUAAGCUUGAGCGAUCUGUUCAGGAAGAUUAUGUACACAAAGAAGACUAUAGGGUGCUGGAAUCUCAACUAGAGGAAGAGAGAAAAGAACAUGCUAAGACACGAACAGAACUCAGUGAAGUCACAGAUCGACUGGAAUUCGCUUUGGGAGAAGUGGAAAUUUUAACCAAACAGUUAGCCAGAGAGAAGGAAGCAUUUCAAAGAGCAUUUGGUGACAUAAGAUCUAAAGCGAUGGAAGAAACGUCUAAGAACAUCAAGUUAGAAUCAAAGUGUUCAGAAAUAAGUAAACAAGUGGAACAUCAAGAACAAAUCUUAAACAGUAAAAAACAGGCGAUACAGAAACUGGAGAAAAAGUUAAAAGUGAAGGAAAUCGAGCACAAGAAACAUCUAACGGAGGUCGAGAUCGAGAAAAAACAGCAACAAUACAUUAGUCGUUUAAUGCAGGAACAGGACCAGAAAAAGAAGACUCGGGAUCGGUUUUUGGCGGUCCCCAAAAUGAAUAGGUGAUAACGUCAUGUUUGGCCUUGAGGGCUGAAAAAUCAAAUCCUCCUCAUAUAUUCCGUCCAUCUAUGCUCAUCUGCUUUAGAGAAAGGGUACAGUAUUUCAAUCAUGUAGUAUGUGAUAUACUUGUAGAUGGAUAGAGAAUGUAGUAUUUGUGUCUAUUUAUCUAUCUUUGACAGGUGUGACAGUUUUGUAAUAUGAUAUUAAGUGCCUAGUUUACUGUGUUGUGAAAUAAUGGAUUUUAAAUGACCAGCACAAUUUAAUAUGUAUACAUGUGAAAUUAUUUUUAAUAUUUUCCCAUUAGUGCAUUUGUCUGGAUAAUUUUAAUUCAGUUUUUUAUUCUGAGAUCAUUCUGAGAUCAUAAUGUCAAGUUACAGCAUUUCACAAAUAUUGUUGGAAUAUAUGCAGCAAGAAAUAAUUAUCUGUUAAUAACUACCCUUGUUGAAUGACUUUAAUAUUGAGCAUGUAGCCGAUUUUGUGAUAUUAACAUAAAAGGUCAUGACCUUGUAAUAAAUUGACUGAAUGAAUCA